GUCAAGUUCCUUCCUCCCCCCGCCACUGUUAAAAAUGUUUUUUAUUUUAUCACAGAAUCACAAACUUAUUUAUUAAUAAAACAUUUGUAUAUUUCCCUAAAAAUUAGUGUUUUUAACACCUACACUCAAAUAUAUCACUCAACAUUUAGUAGAUUUAAGGGCGAAAAGAAAGCAUAAGUGUUACAUAUUGUCUAAUCUUAUUAUUCAGGAUAUGGAUUCAAUAAAAACAUCCAAAGUUGAAAAUGUUCGAAUGUUGGAUAGGUACUCAAAAUCAUCCUCACAAGGGACCCUAUACUUAACAGUAACUCAUUUAAUAUUUGUCGAUCCGGAAGCUAAAAAGGAAACUUGGGUGGCACACAUGCAUAUCGCAAGUCUAGAAAAGCUCCCACUUACUACCACAGGAUCUCCACUUCUAAUAAGAACAAAAACAUUUCUUUCGGUCACAUUUGUUAUCCCGAAAGAGAAACAUUGCCAUGACAUUUACAUGUCCCUGCUGCAAUUGUCCUUGCCAUCUGACAUAGAGAAACUCUACUGUUUCUCCUAUACUACUGAUGACAUGCCCAAAAAAGCUGGAUGGAAUUUCUUCGAUUUACAGUCAGAAUAUCAGAGGAUGGGCGUGCCUAAUGAUCAAUGGGCUUUGACUAAACUGAACGAAGACUAUGAGCUGUGUGAUACUUACCCGAGGUACCUCUUCGUACCAGCCUCGGCAACAAACACCACCUUAAGGGGCAGCUCGGGUUUCCGCUCGAAAGGGAGGCUGCCAGUAUUAUCAUAUUUGCAUAAAAACAAAGCCAGUAUUAGUAGGUGUAGUCAGCCCUUAUCCGGGUUCAGUGCCAGAUGCCUCGAGGACGAAAAGAUGCUUAAUAAUGUGUUGAAAACGAACCCUAAUGCCACUUUUAUGUAUGUCGUCGACACCAGACCGAAGAUUAACGCUAUGGCGAACAGAGCCGCGGGAAAAGGUUACGAAAACGAGGCGUUUUAUGAGAAUAUAAAGUUUCAUUUUUUGGGGGUCGAGAACAUUCACGUUAUGAGGAACAGUCUGCUUAAAGUGGUCGAAACUUGUGAACAAAAGAACCCCACGAUGAGCAGCUUUUUAAGCGGAUUGGAAUCGAGCGGUUGGGUCAGACACAUAAAAUCGGUCCUGGACACUUCUCUGUUCAUAGCGGAAGCUUUAGAGGAGGGCAUCAGUGUCGUCGUACAUUGUUCAGACGGUUGGGAUCGUACCGCUCAAGUUUGCUCCAUAGCCACCCUGCUAUUGGAUCCUUAUUACAGGACUAUUUCGGGAUUUCAGGCUUUAAUAGAAAAAGACUGGUUGGCCUUCGGACAUAAAUUCUCCGAUCGUUGUGGACACAUUCAAACGGACAGCAAGGAAAUUUCCCCGGUUUUCAGUCAACUGUUGGACGCCACCUGGCAAUUGAUGCAACAAUUUCCCUGCUCGUUUCAGUUUAACGAGACGUUCCUCAUUACAAUACACGAUCACAUCUACUCGUGUCAAUACGGCACUUUCAUAGGGAAUUGCGAGAAGGAUCGGGUCGAUUUAAGACUCGCUGAAAAGACUUACUCCUUAUGGGGUUACAUGGCGAACCAUUUAGAUGAGUAUAUAAAUCCCUUAUACGACGCAAACGAGACGCCUACUGUCUUGAGUCCGCAAUUGAUACCGCAGAAUAUACGAUUUUGGCGAGGAAUGUACUAUAGAUUCGAAAGCGGUGUGCACCCAAGGGAGUCAACCGAUGACUUAUUGUUGUCCACGGCAGAUCACUCCUUUUCAUUGGACGAUCACGUUAAAUACUUGACUAAGAAAAUUGGUUCGGUGAAAAACCUAAUCUCCAAAUCAAUGCAGAGGAAAAUGGCGAAAAGUAACAAGGAAAUGUGCAACAACGUCCAUUUGGACAAUAAAUUGGCGUACCAAAAGGCGGCGAAGGAACUGGAAAAUGCCGAACACGAUCAUCCAUUAAAAUGUGAUAAUUAUUUGAACGGUAACGACAAUCAAGAAUCCAGUAAACUGGACGAACUUUCCAAGGAGUUUCAUUCGGUUGCGGUGGAUUGGAAACCGGUCAGGAAUAUUAACGAGUGCAGUUGCUCGACCGCUUUUGACCAUCUUAGCAAGAAGAACCAUUGUCGUAAAUGCGGCGACGUAUUUUGCGUAAGAUGUAUCACAAAACUAGCGGUACUACCCGGCCAUACCACACAUAAGGCAGUACCGGUAUGCAAACCAUGCUUCGACAUUUUAAGUAAUCAAGAAUCUUAGGUUAACUUGUAAUAGAAAUUGAGGUUUAUUUAUUUAUGUGUUAGUAUAUACCAAAAAGUGUAAAUUAUAUAAUUACUUAUUCCAACUGUUUUUAGUAUUAAUUAUUAUCUUUAUGGCUGUGUGGUUCUUUUUUUAAACUUUUUGUAUUUGUUUGCUUGAUUUUUGGACCAAAGUGGGGUUUAUUUUAGGCGUAAGUAUAUUUAAUUUUUAGCUCAAAAAAUGUUGUUUAUACAUUAAUAUUUAUUUAUAUUAAAUAUGAUUGUAACUCUACAUACAGGGCGUUACAAUUUAACCCCCUAUUACAUAAUAAACAUAAAUAAGGCUUUAAAAGGUGUUGUUUGGACACUCUGUACAUUAUUUUGGGUUCCUCUUUUUAAGAUUAUGAAUAUUGUAAAAAAACUCGAAACAUGAAUAAAUAAAGUGGAUAUGAAAGAAGGCUUAAA